AUGACGUGCCCAUUUAAUGGAACGCGAGUCGCAUUCAUGGAAAUGACGGAUGAAGAAGCACAAUCUGGCGUUAAUAAAGUGGAGCUCAGCCAAGGAGUAACGUACGGAGAAUAUUUGCAGCUGCAUAAGCUAUUAGACUGUCAGAAACUGCAAUCAGAAGAACAAGGUGAUCGAGUUGACGACGAACAUCUAUUCAUCAUUAUUCACCAGUCCUACGAGCUCUGGUUCAAGCAGAUCAUCUUUGACAUCGACAUCGUGCGGCUUCUACUUAACAAUACAGUUGUCGACGAAACAAAAACCUUACGAAUUGUAUCGGGGCUGGAUCGAACCGUGCGAAUUCUAAAAUUACUUGUCGAUCAGAUUACAAUUCUUGACACGAUGAGUCCACUGGAUUUUGUGGAUUUUAGGAAAUAUCUCACACCAGCGUCAGGAUUUCAAUCGUUACAGUUCAGGCUAUUAGAGAACAAGAUGGGAGUCCGACCAGACAGACGAAUUAGGUACAACGCGCAACACUACAAAAAUGUGUUUCUUAACAAGGACGAGCUGAUGGCGCUUGAGAACAGUGAGAAUGAACCAUCACUUCUGAUGCUGAUUCAGAAUUGGUUGGAGAGAACACCUGGUUUGAAGCAGGCAACAGUGGAUGGUGAAGAAGAAGAGGGUUUCUGGCCAAAAUACGAAAGAGCAGUGGCAAGAUAUCUUAGCGAUCUCUAUGAUGAGGCUACGAAAGAAGGGCUACCACCAAACGUUCGUGAUCAGCUUGUAGCGGAAUAUUACAAGACCAAGGACUCUUUUGCAACAAUUCUUGACUCAAAACAACAUGCACAACAGAUUCUCAACGGCUCACGUUUGUUAUCACAUGAUGCUAUGAAAGGAGCGUUGAUGAUUUAUUUCUAUCGAGAUAUGCCUCGUUUCUCUCAGCCAUAUCAAAUUCUCACCUAUCUUAUGGAUAUUGAUAGCUUAUUCACUAAAUGGAGAUAUAAUCAUGUCAUUCUUGUUCAACGUAUGCUUGGUUGCAAACAAGGAACUGGUGGCAGUUCUGGAUAUAUGUAUUUGAGAAGUACUGUUAGCGACAAAUAUAAGGUAUUUCUGGAUCUGUUCAAUUUGUCGACAUGGCUUAUUCCUCGUGAGUAUAUUCCAUCGCUAAGUCCACGAAUGGUGAAGACACUGUCCGAACACUCGAAUCUGAGUGGUGCGAUGAUGUCAUCGGAAAGUGAAUGA